GGUGUUUUAGGCGCCACAAUGACGGCUCGAGCGCAUGCGCUUACGGUACGUUCUUGCCGUACCAAGGAGCUCACCAUCUGCCUAAUUUACAAGGGUAUCUCGAUAGCUACUAGUAUUUGGAUUGGUCUACUAGCUCUGCAGCCAGUGAAGGUCGAGUGAAUAAACUGAAAAGGAAGAGCAAGAGAUGGACCCGCCCGUGGAAGUUGCUCGCGAUAAAGGAACCAUGGAUCCACCAUCAUCCGCCAAGAUGAGUUCUUCCCCCGUCCCUUCGGCCCAAGACACUGCCGAAUCUUCUUCUUCCAAUGGCCCCAAAUUCCAGCCCAAACAACGCGUGUAUGCCAAGGAUGCUUCCUGUGGGCUCUGGUACGAAGCUGUCAUUCGACGAUCCCUCUUUGGUAUCAAGAGGGAUCAAAAGGUACAGAUUGGAUUGGUCAGUAACGAAAGCGAAAUUGAAGAGCUAUUGCAGUCCACGGACGAACCUAUUUGGCACUUCUUUGUCCAUUACAAUGGAUGGAAUGUUAAGUGGGAUCGAUGGGUUUCGGAAGAAGACGUCAUGGAAGACAAUGAAGAAUCCAAACGAAUUGCCGGCCGAUUUGCGAGAGAGCACAAGGAACUACAAAAGACUUUCAGAGGCAACAAAAAGGGUAAGGCAAGUCGCAGUAGCGAUGGAGCCGCCUUUCUAAAGGCAUGGAGGGAACGAAUGGAUCAAAUUGUAGAAGAAAUGCAAAAAGACAAGGAAAACGACAACCAAAAACCAAAUCUGAAAAUGGACCAAGGGGAUGGGUUUAAUAGUCAAGGAAAACGGGUGGUGAGCACUGGAAUGAAGGCCGCCAAAGAGGAUGCCACGGUGGCGACAUCAGCAGAGAGAAAAACAAACGAAACAAUUGACAAGUCUUCCAAGAUCGCUUCAGUGCCAACAUCAAAAUCCAAGCCAAAACGCAAAUCCAAGCCUGCCAAGAUUGCAUGGGACCAGGCAGCAAUUGACAAAGAAUUCAAACUGCGAUUGAGAGGCUUGGAGGGAAAGAAAUGUUCCACCGAUCAGUACAAGAUAACGUUGCCGUUUUCGCUGAAAAAGGUCAUGGUAGAAGCUUGGGAAAUCAUUACCCAAUGCCAAAUGGUCGCGAAUGUGCCCGCGAAGAUUACCGUUCGACAAGCUUUGGACAAAUACCUCCAAUCCAAACUGGACUUGAUUGCCAACAGUUCUCCCAGGAAACCAUCCCCAGCCAAAUCUCCCCUCUCAAAACAAAGAUCGACUACCCAAACGGCUUUGGAAGAAUUACACCCUGUGGACGAAGAAGAGUUGAAACGAAAGAGAUCGCAAGAGUGGAAGGAUAUGGUCGAGGGGAUUGCAAUGUUCUUUGACGAAGCACUUUCGUUUCGUCUGCUGUAUAGCCAAGAGUUGGCUCAAUACAAAGUUGUCGAGUCUACGUUCGAGGUGCCCAUUCCAGACGCUGCAGUUACUACACCAAAAAAGAGCUACGACAACAUACCCAAGGGGGAAAUGGUUGGAAAGGACGAUGCGAUGGCUUGUGCUUCCAGCCCCGCUGGUGACACAACCCCAACAAAGAUGUCUAGUGCCGUCAACAAUAUGCAUGUGACGGCGGCUGAUAGUAUCAAGAAGGAAGCUCCGGUAGACAGCAACGAGAGCACUCCGUCUCAGGCCCCUGCAAGCGCCGCUAAUAGCACGGAGAAGGAAUCAGUGGAACAAUCUACGAAAUCCACCGUUCCCAGCGACGUAGGAAAGCCCGUGCCGAAAACUCGCCCCAUGCUCCCUUCCGAAGUCUACGGCUGCGAGCAUCUCUUGAGGUUCUUCCUGAAAGUCCCUGAUGUCCUGGCAGAACAACAGUCGCAGCUUCAAAAGGAUGAUAGGGAAGGUAGCCGGGAGGCAUUGGAUGCCUUUGAAAAGGAAACGAAACAAGUCCUGGCCAAGAUCAACGACCUAAUUCGCUUUCUUCACAAGCAUCAGGCUACCAUGUUUGCCGAUUCCUACCGCAAGUUCAAUGAGGCGGAGCUGCGAGAACAGCAAAAGCUCAUAAAAUACGUGGAACGAAAACGCAGGCGCGCCACAGAGCAACAAGAAGCGGCAAGCAACGGCGCUACAGACCCCACCGCAGCUGGCUCCGCUUCGCUGGGUAAGGAGGAGGCAGAUACUGUGGCAGCCAAGCUUCAAAAGGUAAACUGACUAUAAUAUAAUGGACACAAGCUGCCGAACGUAUAACCGGCACCGGCCUUAACAGUUCGUAUAUUCUAGACUGAAUGCGCUGCCGUCGGUAGAAGGUUCCUUUUGCCAAGUUUGCCUCAAUCAAUCAUGUGCUUACUCUGCUACAGAGACUUCAUCAAGUUAAUUGUUGCGUGCAUUGCCAUCUGGAAUGGAAUGGUAUUGUGUGCAACGUCCAAGCAGUGCGGCAUCAAUGGCGGCUCCAUAUGCACGUGUGAUACGUUGUGCUCCGAAAGCUUCUUUGCUAGAGUUCUUGAAUGUAUUUUUGUGUAGUAUUCGUCAUGGCCCCCGUGCAACAGGAUUGUCUUGGGGGCAAAAGACGUCACGUGUUCCAAGGGGCUCAGCCGUUUGUUGCAUUCUUCCACCCCUUCACAUAAUCUCAUGGUAGCUCCUACCUCAGACCAAGAUCCCGCCCAGCCAGGAAUGGAGUCCUUACCCGUUCCAAUAUCCACCGAAGUGGAUGGCGCCACCGCCAGUACUCCAGCCACUACAGGGUUGUCCAAGUUGGCCCUUUCGUUGUUUAGCUGAAACGAUGCCAAUAGCGCCAGAUGCCCUCCAGCAGAGGAAGAAACCAACACCACUUUGGAAGCAUCAACUUCCUUGCUGUGCGUUUUGAUGAGAUGCUUUAUUCCAUCCUUGACAUCUUUAACUUGGACAUCUCCGGACCACCCGCUCCGUCCUAGGCGGUAUUCGACCGCGGCAUACGCCCACCCAUGUUCAUGGGCCAUACUCGCAUAACAGCCACUUGGAACGUUGUCAGGUUCUCCACCAAACCAUCCGCCACCAUGAACGAAUACCAACAUUCCAGCUUUUUUUGCUCCCCGUUGAUGACUUGUUACUGGGUAGAACAUUGUUCUCAGGUUGGUCUUGCUGCCAUCACCCUCGUUAAGAGCAUCAAAGACAAUCUUGGAAACGGGAUUGAGAAAAGUACCCCCCGUGGAGCUUGGCCCAUACGGAGGGACAGAUCUUCGGUAGAUGGUUGUAAUGUUUUCCAAUCCAUCCAAAGAAGGACAAGUCUGGGGAGGCGUAAUCCAUUUGGCCCACGAGAUACCUUUGGGCUGGGACACACGCUGAAUCACGGAAAGGAUUCCUUGGUUUGUUGCCUGUCCUGGGUUGACCCACUCGGGGGAACAGGUCAACAAGCACAACACGGUCGGAAUAAAUAUUCCUAUCGUCGCCAAUGUCGAGAUUGUUGCUGGUGUCUUGAGACUUUCCCGAGAGACCAAUCCUAACCAGAAAAGACUUGCAUAUGCCAGCAACAUAAGGGAAUGGAGGACAAGAAGGGUGCCCCCAUUCAUAAAGCCAAUGAGCUUGACAAAGCCACCCAAGAAACCAAGCCAAGGGAAAGGGGCUACUAUUGGACCAAACGACAGGUAGCCAACAACAGCAAUCCAAACGGUGCGAAUCAAUGUCAUUGUUCUUCUACGUCUCUUCUCAAGAAUGGACCUGCUGAUUCGAUAAAAACUGCUCAAGUUCAGCGCAGUUCAAAAUUCUGGCAGGAAAGGAGAGUCAAGAUAUCACUUGAUUUCUUCUGUUGCUCUGCUUAAUUACCAGGUACCAGGUAGCACCCUCGUUUCGGCUGGUUCUGCUUCCUGUCAGUGAUGCUUUAUCGCUUCUGUGAUUGUUUCAAUGGUGGAAUUCGUCGAUGUGUCGUUUGUCAGAACACGCUGCCCCUCAGCAAAUUGCACUGUCACUCACUGACUCGAUCUCCCCUUCAACUUUAAUGUCUGGUCUUACCAUGCUCCUUUGAAUGGAUUGAAGGAUGCAAACUGACUCAAUCAGUGGUAUUCAGUUCGCCCACCAAUGCACACAAGCAAUGGUGAGUAAACACAGGAGGUGUCUCAGUUUUUCAGUCACACCAAAUCUCUUUCCAGUCCGGUCCUGUGAGUACGGUAAGUCAAAACACAACCACAAGGCCAAUCCGAGGCCGGCAGCCAUGGCUCUCUUGUGAAGGGAAGACAGUUAGUUCGAGGUGCCACAGCUCACAGGUCUGCUUCCCGAAUCCAAUCCAUCAUAACAGCUUGUGUGACCAGCCAGGACAGUGCCAUAUCAACUCCAUGGUUUCCAAACUCUACUGGUACGAUGCAACGACCAAGGUACAAUCUCAUGUGUAUGCACCGUAUCGUAUACCGGGUAUUGUCGCAUCUGCUCUCGCUUCGCAGUGCCGUUUAUAUGGCUACUAGAACCGCCUAUGCAGUAAUGUUCUGAGGGACGGUACCGGUACCGGCACCAACAAAACUGACGUUUAUCACCCUAGCAUUCAUGUCUCGAACGCACAAAUCACCCAGAGCCCUACAGCAUUUCAGGUCUGAAGACAGCAAGCAAUUUGGCUCUAACACUCAAUUUCCCCGCAGUCGGAUGAGAACCCGAUCUGCAGCCUGG